AAGAAAAAAAUGAAGGAAUCGUAACUCUAAAUAACCCGCAAAGAACACAACAAAAGACCAUUUCUCCCCGCAAUAUUAUUUAUUAAGAUAUAGUACCCACUCGCGUGCCCCCGAACACCAUGGCCGCCGCGAGCUCCUCCUACUUCUUCGGCACCCGCAUUGCCGACCCGAAGCCGAGCCUCGGGCGGUUCCAGGCCCGGUUCGGCUUCGGCGGCAAGAAAUUCGGCUUCGGAGGCAAGAAAUCGCCUCCCCCGAAGCCCGCCCCAAGGAAGCUGGAUGGGGAGCGGCUAGUCUGGUUCCCGGGGGCCGAGCCGCCGGAGUGGCUCGACGGGACCAUGGUCGGGGACAGGGGCUUCGACCCGUUCGGGCUGGGGAAGCCGGCGGAGUACCUGCAGUUCGACCUGGACUCGCUGGACCAGAACCUGGCCAAGAACCUGGCCGGGGAUGUGAUCGGGGUGCGGGUCGAGCAGACCGAUGUGAAGCCGACCCCGUUCCAGCCGUACAGCGAGGUGUUCGGGCUGCAGCGCUUCCGGGAGUGCGAGCUCAUCCACGGGCGGUGGGCGAUGCUGGGCACGCUCGGCGCGCUCGCCGUCGAGGCGCUCACCGGGGUCGCCUGGCAAGAUGCUGGCAAGGUGGAGCUUGUGGAGGGAUCGUCCUACCUGGGCCAACCGCUCCCGUUCUCGCUGACGACGUUGAUAUGGAUCGAGGUGAUAGUGAUCGGGUACAUCGAAUUCCAGAGGAACGCGGAGCUCGACCCGGAGAAGCGGCUCUACCCGGGCGGUUACUUCGACCCGCUCGGCCUCGCCUCGGACCCGGAGAAGAAGGAGAAUCUCCAGCUGGCCGAGAUCAAGCACGCCCGCCUCGCCAUGAUCGCAUUCCUCAUAUUCGGCAUCCAGGCCGCCUACACCGGCAAAGGCCCGAUCGCCUUCGUCGCCACCUUCAACAAAUGAGCCCGCUCAGCCAUGUACACCACUCCCAUCCUGUCCCUCAAACGAUCCCAACCUUUGUGUCGUUCCUUGGCUUUCUUUUUGGUACAAUGAUCCAGUUGUAAAAUACUAAAGUGAACUGAUUUAUGUUAUUCCCACUUAAUUGGAGAUGUUAUAAGCUGGUUAAUCCCUGCUUAAUUUUUUAA